GGAGGUGUGGGAAGCGCGUGUACACCGUCUAUAUAUACACACCAACCCAGCCACCGGCUCCCGAGAAACCCACGGAUCCCAGGAAUCCCAGGAGCCGGCAGCCGACAGCACACCGCAGCUUCCCCUCGGACCCACCGACAACCGGGAGCUGCCGGGCUCCCUGGCAAAAGGGACAAAAGGCGCUGCCGGGGGCCGGUGCCGCCAUGAGGGCCGUGCUCUGGGACCUGCUGCUGCUCUGCCUGUUCGCCCGGGCGCGGGGGGACUGCCGGGGGGACUGUCUGCACUGCGACCGACAGCUCUACCGAGACUCCUUCGACGUCCUCAUCUGCAUCCUGGAGUGCGAGGGCGAGGCCGUGCCGCGGGCCACCUGGGAGCUGUGCGCCGCUGCCAGCCGGGCGUCCCCGCGCGCCCAUGACCUCGCCGCCGAACCGUGGCCCGGCGUGGCACCGGAGAACCUCCCGUGGCGCCGCGACGCCGACGGAGCCGCACCGGGAGCCUUCCCGCAGCCUCCCGAGGACAUUUCCCGCCGGCUCGGGAUGGGCUGGCGAGCGGCGCCGGCGGCCAAGGGGGUGCAGAAGCGGUACGGGGGCUUCAUCGGGGUCCGCAAGUCGGCGAGGAAGUGGAACAACCAGAAGAGGUUUAGCGAGUUCCUGAAGCAGUACCUGGGAAUGUCGCCGCGCUCCACGUUCCGGCACCGCAUCCCAGCACCUUCCGCCCGGCACAGGCAAAAUUAACUCCCGUCCACCCCACCAGCAGCUCCAUCCUCUCUCUCUGCCGGACCCCAAAGCGCUUCCGACUCGCACGUGUCCCGAAAGUCACUUUGCUCUUCACCCACUAAAGCCACAUUUAAACCAGGACCCGACGAAUUUUCGGCCUCCGCCGGCGACGGGAGCGAGAUUCCACGGGGAGGGGAGGGAGGGAGGAACCCGCCGGGGGGGGGGGGGGGGGGAGGAACGGGCGGGAAUUCGAAUAUAAUGAGGAAAAAACCCCCGGGAUUUUCGCCCCACCUCCAAAAAAAAAAUUGGAUUAUUUCGAGGUUUUUUUUAUUUAGUUUUGGUUUUGUUGGCCGCUGAGGAAACAUCAACUUGGAUCCAGCAGGAAAUCAGCCCCUCCACCCGCUUUCCCAGUGCCUUCCCAGCACUGGCUUUUGGCCUCCCAUGGGAUUUAUUCCCAACUUUUCGGGGUGCCGAGUCGCGUCCCGCUGUGGCUGAACCCUCGCGGUGGAGACCGACCCCCACCCAGCGCCCAAAAACGCCUGGAAUUCCUUUUUUCUCCUAACCCUGAUCCCAAUCCUUUAAUUUCCCCCCCCUUUCCUCCUCGCGUUUUUCCCGUUUUUCCGAGCGUUUCCCUUGGAAUUUCACAGAACCUCCGGGGUUGACUUCUUCGCUCGUUUUUCCCCUCCCCCUCCGUCCCGCGGAUCCCAAUCCUCGCCCCGGGAAUGUGGGAUUUUUCCCUCGUCGCUCCCAGAGGGGAAAGACGAUUCCCUCCUGCCUAAAAUUCGCUCUCCUCCCCCCAAAAAAAUUCCAAACCUAAUCCCGGGAGCGACCCCGCCCCGGGGGGGUCUCACCCGCCUUCGCCGUUUGUAUUAAAAAAAAAAACACCCAAAAAUAUAAUAAUCCCUCUGGAAAAAAAAAAAAAAAAACAACCAAACAACAACAAAACAAACCAGGAAAAAAAAAACCAAACACACAAAAAAAAGAGGAUAAUUCCGAGCUCUUGUUCUUUUUAAUUGUUUCAUACAACGAUUUCUCCAUUAAACUUGUACAUAGCAAAAAAAAAAAAGGAUUAAUAAAUUAGUUUACUGUUUCUACGAUAUCCUUGCGACUGGCCCCCGUCACUUGGGUCCCCUCCUGGCCCCCCCACCCCACCCCCCACCCCACCAACUCAGCUGGGAAUUGUUUUAUUGGGAAAAACAAACAAACAAACAAAAAAGAAAAACCAAAAUAAAAGGGUGAUUUCGGUGCAUUCGUGUGAUUUCCGGGAGCAGUUCCAGGAAUUCCCAUCGUUGGGAUCUGAGGAGAGGACGAUCCCGUUGUACCAGCGAAGAACAAGAUGGUUCGAGGGGCUGUUGGAAGGGGGGG